AUGGUCCCUGCCUGGCUGUGGCUGCUCUGCCUCUCUGUACCCCAGGUUCUUCUCAAGGCUCAACCUACAGAGCUGUAUGUGGAAGUCCCAGAAAACUAUGGUGGAAAUUUCCCUUUGUACCUGACCAAGCUGCCGCUGCACCAUGAGGAGACCGAGGGCCAGAUUGUGCUGUCGGGGGACUCGGGCAUGGUGGCUGAAGGCCCCUUUGCUGUGGAUCCAGAGUCUGGCUUCCUCCUGGUGACCAGAGCCCUGGACCGAGAGGAGCAGGCAGAGUACCGGCUGCAGGUGACCCUGGAGACUGAGGAUGGACGUGUCCUGGGGGGUCCGCAGCCUGUGCUCGUGCGUGUGAAGGAUGAGAACGACCAGGUGCCCCAUUUCUCCCAGGCCAUCUACAGAGCUCAGCUGAGCCAGGGCACCAGGCCUGGCACUCCCUUCUUCUUCCUUGAGGCUUCGGAUGGGGACGAGCCAGGCACAGCCAACUCAGAUCUACGAUUCCACAUCCUGAGCCAGGUCCCGGCCCAGCCUUCCCCAGACAUGUUCCAGCUGGAGCCCCAGCUGGGGGCUCUGGCCCUCAGCCCCAAGGGGAGCACCAGCCUAGACCACACCCUGGAGGGGCACUACCAGCUGUUGGUACAGGUCAAGGACCUGGGCGACCAGGCCUCAGGCCACCAGGCAACAGCCACCAUAGAUGUCUCCAUAGUAGAGAACACCUGGGUGCCCCUAGAGCCCAUCCACCUGGCAGAGGAUCUCGAAGUCCCAUACCCGCACCUCAUUGCCCAGGUACACUGGAGUGGAGGGGAUGUAUGUUACCAUCUGGAGAGCCAGCCCCCUGGACCCUUUGAUGCAGACACAGAAGGGAAACUCUAUGUGACCAGGGGGCUGGACCGAGAAUCCCAGGCUGAGUACCUGCUCCAGGUGUGGGCUCAGAAUACCCGCGGCGAGGACUACGCAGAACCUCUGGAGCUGCAGGUGGUGGUGACAGAUGAGAAUGACAAUGCACCUGUCUGCCCUCCACGUGGCCCCCCAAUCAGCAUCCCUGAGCUUAGCCCCCCAGGCACAGAGAUAACUAGACUGUCAGCAGAGGAUGCGGAUGCCCCUGGCUCCCCUAAUGCCCACCUUGUGUAUAGACUGCUGAUUCCUGAGCCUGAGGGGAGAGCCUUUGAGUUGGAUCCCACCUCGGGCAGCAUAACACUGGGGGCUGCCCCGCUCCAAGCUGGCCAGAAUUUCCUGCUCCAGGUGCUGGCUGUUGACCUGGCAGGAGCAGAGGGCGGCCUCAGCAGCACGUGUGAGGUCGCUGUCUUGAUCACAGACAUCAAUGACCACGCCCCUGAGUUCACCACCUCCCAGAUUGGGCCCAUAAGCCUCCCUGAGGACACGGAGCCCGGGACUCUGGUGGCCACACUCAUGGCCACUGAUGCUGACCUUGAGCCUGCUUUCCGUGUCAUGGACUUUGCCAUCGAGGCAGGGGAUGUGGAGAGGACCUUUGGUCUUGAUUGGGAGCCAGACACUGGUCAUGCCCAACUCUGGCUCCGCAAGAACCUCAGCUAUGAGGCAGCUCCAAGCUACAAGUUGGUGGUGGUGGUGCGAAGUGUGGUGGAUCUGGUGGGGCCAGACCCAGGCCCAGGAUCCACGGCCACAGUGACUGUGCUAGUGGAGAGGGUGGUGCCACCCCCGAAGCUGGACCAGGACAGCUAUGAGGCCAGUGUCCCGGUCAGCACCCCAGCCGGCUCCCUCCUGUUGACCAUCCAGCCCUCAGACCCCAUGAGCAGCCUUCUCAGGUUCUCCCUGGUCAAUGACUCAGAGGGCUGGCUCUGCAUUGAAGAGGGCUCCGGGGAGGUGCACACAGCCCGGCCCCUGCAGGGCGCCCAGCCCGGGGACACGUACACAGUGCUUGUGGAGGCCCAGGACGCAGAUGAGCCAGGACUGAGUGCCUCUCUGACCCUAAAGCUCCACUUCCUGAAGGCUCAGCCAGUCCCAACCCUGCUUCCCGCCCUUGUGCCUGCCCAACACCUCUGCACACCCCGCCAGAGCCGUGGCGUGGUCAUCAGUGGAGCCAGUGGAAACUCCGACCUGGCCAGUGGGCAGGGUCCCUAUAGCUUUGCCCUUGGUCCCAACCCCACGGUGCAGCGAGAUUGGCGCCUCCAGGCCCUCAAUGAUUCCCAUGCCUACCUUACGCUGGCCCUGCAUUGGGUGGAACCACAGGAACACGUAGUCCCUGUAGUUGUCAGCCACAAUGACCAGAUGUGGCAGCUCCUGGUCCGAGUGGUCGUGUGUCGGUGCAACGUGGAGGGGCAAUGCCUGCGCAAGGUGGGCCGCUUGAAGGGCAUGCCCACGAAGCUGUCGGCAGUGGGGAUCCUUGUGGGUACCCUCGCAGCGAUAGGCUUCUUCCUCAUCCUCAUCUUCACCCACUUGGCCCUGUCGAGGAAGAAGGACCUGGAUCAGCCAGCGGACAGUGUGCCCCUGAGGGCGGCAGUCUGA